CAGCAUAUGGUAAACAUGUGGACGUUUCUGAUCUUCCUCGCGGCUGUGAGUGAAUGGCCGGUCUCGUCAGUUGGGGGCCAAGAAUACCUGACCUGGGACCGUGGCUACGUAUUUUACAAGGUUCAGGUCUCAGGACCGAUGACCAAUGCCAACGUGAAGGCCGCCUGUCGGGCGGUGCAUACGCGACCCGUAUGCUUUGCAGGGCGGGCUUAUGGCGUUGAGUGUGAUAUUUCGGACUACUCGGAUGCGGGGUGCGCCCCUUAUCACGCGGGUUUUGCCAUUAACAGCUGCGAAACCUAUGCUGCCCUUGCAAAAGCACUGUGUAAUACUACUGACUACUGGGAUUGUCAGCCCCUUGAUGACACCUUUGUCACCUACCCUGGCUGGGACAGUGAUGACAGCGCUUACGGAGUGGACUACCAGACUCACACCUGGGGUCUGCAUGGUGCAGACUACAACAACAUGUACGCCCUGUGUGCAGAUAUGGACGAUUGCACUAGCUUUCCCUGCAAGAACGGAGGAACAUGCCAGUAUACACUGAAUUCUGGAAAUAGUGCCACCUGUCAGUGCGCGGCAGGGUACACUGGAAGUUCUUGUCACAAUCUUAUAUACACUGUACAGUGUGCCUCCAAUCCUUGUCAGAACGGCGGAACCUGCUUUCACGGUGUCGACUCCUACCACUGCCACUGCGGUGUUGAAUACGAAGGCCAAAACUGCGAGAACGUCGUGAACCUGUGCUUUGCCUAUGAUGAUGUUUGUCCACCCAACUGGGAGUGUCAGACCAUACACGGCUAUAUCAGGUGUUUCGAACCAGACGGGACGUCCCACAGGCAGGUGGAGCCGUAUGUCUGCAACAGCGCCUCCUGUCCGGACGGCCUGUACUGCAAGGAGGAGGGGCCGGCAUCUUUCUCCUGCAGAGCCGGGUAGAUUCCCUGCUACGUCCUAC